GAGACACUAUAUUGAUACCAGGAGACCAAGAGCCCCUACUUCGAUCAUCUCCUCCAACCUGGUUGUCCCGCUGUCUGUGGAACAGCAAUGUGAAGUGGGCUUGCUGCUGGGAGUGUCUCAGGAUGAACUCUGCCACUGCCUGCUUCCCUCGCCCUGAUGACCCUGAGCUUCAUUCUGAUACCACAACACUGUAACAGACCCUCAGCAAGGCACAGCCCCUGGGCUGGGGGCUCUCUGGGGAGCAGGACCUUUGGCCAGCCCUGAGGCGUGGAACGACACUCUUGCUCCAGAAAGGGCCUCUUGAGAAGAACAAGUCUGGAGUCCUACUUCCCGGAUUGGUACCUCAACUGUCCUAGUUCUAAGGGUGAUGGCCCCGGACUGUCCAGCUUCUCUGUCUGCUCACUUCACCUGCAGCCCACAAUUCAUUCCUAAGAUCUACUGAAGCCCAGCAUCUCUGCAGAGGAGAGGUGCCAUCAGGACCCCUGCAAGGGAGAUCCAUACACUGGGUGUAUGGAACCAACUACUUGUGACAAAGCCUGCCUCUCCACCAGGAAGCAUGGGGGUUCAGUUGGCACUUUGCCCCCUGGGCACAACCAUCUGGCCAGCCUCCAACCAGCUCAUCCGAGAGCCCCCCUGCAUGCCCCAGGGAGCCAGAAAUGUCUCCCUGAGCCUCAGGGACCUCAGGGAGCCUGACUCCAUGCUCCAUUGGCUCUUCCUUCCCUCAACUCUGCUGGCUGCAGCAACACUAGCACUGAGCCCCCUGCUGCUGGUGAACAUCCUAUGGAGCCAGAGGCUACAGCAGGACCCUCACUAUCUGUUGCUGGCUAACAUCCUACUCUCUGAUCUGGCCUAUGUUGUCUUUCACAUGCUCAUCUCCUCCAGCAACCUGAGUAGCUGGGCCCUGGGCCACAUCGCCUGUGCUGUUCUCUCAGAUGCCAUCUUCGCUGCCUACACCAGCACCAUCCUGUCCUUCAUGGCCACCAUGUUACACACCUACCUGGCAGUUGCUUAUCCUCUGCAUUACUUCUCCUUCAUGUCCUGUGAGGCUGCCCAUAAGGUGGUGGCCCUCAUUUGGCUGGUGGCUGUUUUUUUCCCCACAUUUCUCAUUUGGGUCAACAAGCAGCCAGGAUGCCAGGUUGCCUGGGCACCGAGCCUGGGCACCAAGCCAGGCAGGGGCCCCCAGGUUGCUGUCACCCACACCUGCAUCUUGUGCAUUCUGUUUCUGUGCAUAGCUCUUAUCACCUACUGCUUCUGGAGGAUCUGUGCAGAGUCCAGGUCUUUGGGUAUCUGGGUGCAGGACUAUUCUCAUAUUAGGGUCACCCAACUUAUCCACACAGUGCUAAUGACCUAUGUUAGCCCAGUGGUGGUGUUUUCCCUGGACAUUGUGCUGACCAAGUAUCACCACAGAGGUGCCAGGACUCAUAUGUGGCUCAUGACAGCCAACAGUGAUGUAAUCAUGAUGCUUCCCUGUGCUGUGCUCCCAUAGCUGUACACAAUCCACUACCAGCAGCUGCUGAGAGUGGUCUGGGGCCACUUCUCAUCUGGGAGGCACAGCAACAUCUUUACCAUUUCUCAGAGCUACAGACUUCAAAGCUAAAAAUUACAUAUAGGAUGCAUUGACAUCCAAUUAUGGCAUACUCCUCAGGACUACAAAAUAUAAUUGUAAUUGUUCUUAAAGGAACAGGACCUUUAAGAUGAUCUCAGCUGGAGUUCCCAUUGUGGUUCAGUGGUAACAA